UGUGAUGUCAGGCGGGUGGCGCAUAAAGUCAGCUGCUCCCGCAGCAGGAACCGGACCAGCUGCUUUAUUCCCGUCCUGGAGCCAUGCAAAGCCCUCCGAAGCCCCAGUUCGCCAGCUGGCUCAUCGAGCAGGUGCAGACGGGCCAGUACAGCGGCCUGCGCUAUGUGGCCCCCAACAAGUUCAGAGUCCCCUGGAAGCACAACUCCAGGAAGGACUGCAACGACGAGGACAAUAAAAUAUUCCGGGCCUGGGCAGUGGCGAGUGGAAAGAUAAACGAGUUCCCCAAUGACAAAGCCAGGUGGAAAACCAACUUCCGCUGUGCUCUGAACAACCUCAGUAAGCGCUUCGAGAUGAUAAAAGAUGAUUCCAAGAAUCAAGAUGACCCGCAUAAAAUCUACGAGAUCAUCAACAAAGAGAACGGAGGUGAAGGUCUUCCAACGCAGGACUCGCAGGAUUCCGACAUGACUCCAGAUAUAUACAGCUCUCCUAUAGAGCCCUUCCCCUCAGCCAUUGAGCCCAAUCUGAUUAACAAUUUUAUAGCCUUGGACCUUGGCACACAACCAACAGUGGAGCAGCAGUGGGCAGAGGACUACAUCCAGUGUGAUCAACCUUACAUUGGAAACUAUCGUGCUGCAGCGGAGAACCUCCCGCAGCCUGUACCUAAUGCUCAGUCAGUCUACAACGAGGCAGCAAACCCUGUCCCCAAUUUAUCUCAAGCACCGCACAUUUGUGACCUGGAGAUCUCCAUCAACUACAGGAAAAAAGAAAUGCUAAAGACCAAUUUAAACACCAAUCGUCUUCAGCUUCACUAUCAUCAGGAGGCCCCCGAGUUGAACGCCCAUCCUCUCUGCUUUCCCUCCACCGAGGGUCUCCUGGACCACAAACAGAUCGAUUACACCAACCGCAUCCUUAACAGCAUCCAGCGAGGUCUGGUCCUGGAGGUACAAGAAACCGGGAUCUACGCGUGGAGGCAGGACAGAUGCCACGUGUUUGCUACCACCAGUGACCCCAGUGUGGCUCAUCCAAACCCCCAAAAACUCCCCCAAAACACCAAGGUCGAGCUCCUAAACUUUGAGAAGUAUGUAAAUGAGCUUAAACAUUUCAAGGAGAAUAAUGGUGGCUCACCUGAAUACACCAUCAACCUGUGUUUCGGAGAACGCUUCCCCGAUGGGAAACCUUUGGAAAAGAAGCUCAUCACAGUGAAAGUGGUGCCUCUAAUCUGUCGGUAUUUUCAUCAUGUGGCUCAGGAGGAGGGGGCUUCGUCUCUUCACAGUGCUAAUGUCAGCCUACAGAUUUCACACGACAGCCUGUUUGAUUUCAUCAACUCCGUGUUUGCUCCGCCGACUGCUGAAGAGCAGUUACUUCCUGCUGCACCUUUCUUUGGCUAAAUUUGAAGUUUGGCCAGUCACUGCCUUAUGAUGAGAACUAUUCCAGCUUCUUAAAACAGGGGAGUAAAUCUCUCAUCUAAAGCUAAGCUAAGCUAAGAGGCGGCCAGUCAAGCGAACGUGUUGUAGAAGCUAAACCGAUUGUAGGAUUUCAGUUGACUACUAAAGAAUAUGGUGGUUGCUAUCUUUGCUUCUCACUUUAUGUUUACAUUUAAGACAAACACAUGACUUUUAAUCACUACAUAAACAGAAACAGGCCCCUUCUCAUUGUCUUUUAUAUCACUGCUUUUUUUUUUGUUUAUUUGCUUAAAUUUACCAAAAGAUGACAAAGCCAUACUGACCUGGUUUGACCUUAUUCACUUAUUUAUAGGACUUGGAAAAAAUGUAAAAAUGUGAGUGAAACUCAAUGUUAAAUGGUGUGUAUAUUUGUAGAUUGUAUUCAUAUAUAGUUUAUUGAUAUUUUUUUAUUGAUAUUAACUAUUGUUCUGUUUGAUGGUGUCAUACUACUGAUGGCUACGUUUAUGGUGAGGUUUUUUUAGAUCAUAAAAUGGCUAGGCCUUUUUCUAUUCUGCUUUUUCAGCCUAAAUAAACAUGACUUGCAUUAUUU